AUGAUCGGUGGUGUGUCUCCCUCGCGAUCGUUCACUUGCUGUUCUCUCACUCCGAGAGUGCCUUUAGAGAACGUUUCGGAACCUCAAGAGCAAGAUUCCAACUAUCUAGCUUCAAACUCUCUUGAUGGCGUAGGGUUCUGGCUGCUUGCUUUACAGCAUCUGUCUAGUGCUUGGGGAGAUCGCACGGCAGAGUUUGCGUUCCCUUUGUAUCUGAUCGAACUGUUUACCAACACUCUCUUGCCUACUUCAAUCUACGGCUUUAUAGUAACGGGCGCCGGAAUUUUCCUGUCCGGAGCGGUCGGAUCGCUGAUUGACACAAACACUCGUCUUCUGGCCGUCCGCACUUCAAUUGUCACUCAGAAAAUUUCCGCGUCCAUUUGCUACGUCCUGUUCCUAACCCUCUUCCUUCGACAAUCAACGAAUGCGGAUCAUUUUUUCUGGCCACUUUUUGUUCCCAUCGUCAUUUUCGGAUGCGUAUUGAAACUAGCCACCGUGGGCAUGAACGUCUGCAUAGAGCGCGACUGGGUCAUGACUGUUGCUGGAGACGAUGACUACGCGCUUGUUCGCCUGAAUACAGCAUUGCGGCGAAUCGACCUCAUCUGCAAGCUCACCGCUCCACUGUUCGUCAGUUUACUAACCGCAACGGUGAAAUACAAGACUUCGGUGAUCAUCCUCCUUAGCUUUGGGCUACUUUCUAUGCCGUGUGAAUUCCUUUUCGUCAAGAUAGUCUACAAGCGGUUCCCUGCGCUUAGUGGGCCAAGACCCGCUCGUGCCAGAAUAGAUGGACCUGAUCAUGCUCGCUCGCGCCGGAUUCUUUUUUUCACUUCGUCUGUUGACUGGGUUUUACAACAAGUAAAGGAUUGGAAGGAAUUCACUAGGCAUCCGAUAUUCAUCACUUCGAUUGCGAUAUCGCUGUUAUACCUUACAGUACUUUCUUUCGACUCCACAUUACUGGUAUAUCUCAAAAGCGAGACCGAUUUUUCGGACCCGUUCAUCGCUGGUAUGAGGGGCAUCUGCGUCGUAACAGGGCUCAUGGGCACGUUUGCUAUGCCGUGGAUGGAACGCUAUAUGGGCCUCGUGCGCGCAGGGUCUUGGUCCCUCUGGUCUGAAUUCAUCUCGCUUAUUCCCGUCGUGCUCAGUUUUUUCCUUGGGGCAAAUGGGCGGCAUAGGCUCGCAUGGAACUCUGCCAUGCUGUUUGGUGGCAUGGCGUUGUCACGCAUCGGGCUGUGGUCUUUUGAUCUUGUGCAACUCACGCAACUCCAAAAAUCCCUUGCACACCAUCCCCGCCAAAAUACGCUUACGGCUUUACAAUUCUCGCUGCAAAACGUUUUUGACCUCGCCCAUUACGGCCUAACGCUCGGCUGGAAUAAGCCUGAACAGUUCAAAUACGCUGCGGCUGUGUCCUUAGUCUCUGUGUUUAUGGCUGCAAUCGUGUACGUGGUCGGGUACGCGAGGCCAUUGCGUGGCCACGUUUUCCAUUUCGAUCAAUCCCUCUGUCGUGUAUUGCGAAAAUCAGACUGGUGCGACUCUUACAACUCACCUUUCGGUGGACAUUGA